ACAUCUGUAACUGCAAACCCUUAUUUUUUACCAGUUACAUCUUUCACCACUCUGCUACCUCACGACAUAAUCUCGACCUGCUACUUCUCUCAAAGCCCUCGCCACCUCCUGCCUCCGUCGUCCUUGCCGCCUCUGCCUCUAUCCCUUCCGCUGCCGCCGCCGCCUCUGCCUCUCUUUUUUGGGUCACUUCCUGCACGGUUGUUGCCCUGCUCUCAUUAUCAACCUUCCAUUGUUCCUCAAUCCUCUCCACAAGCAAUUUUCCUCUUCCUCAUAAGAUCUGCAAAUGGUCGUCUUACCCUGAGGGAGCUGAAGCGUGGAAAUAUAAUUGAUGCAAUGCUGCAUGCUGAUGAUGAAGAAGACAUCAACAAGGUUUUGAGGAACUUCUCUUACGAGCACUUCUAUGUUAUAUACUGCAAGUUUUGGGAGCUGGAUACAGAUCACGAUUUCUUGAUAGACAAAGAGAAUCUUAUCAGAUAUGGUAACCAUGCGCUCACCUAUCGAAUUGUCGAUAGAAUAUUUUCUCAGGUUGCAAGAAGGUUUACUAGUAAGGUUGAGGGAAAGAUGGGUUAUGAAGAUUUUGUUUAUUUCAUACUGUCAGAAGAGGAUAAAUCAUCUGAGCCGAGUCUUGAGUAUUGGUUCAAGUGCAUUGAUUUGGAUGGAAAUGGAGUUUUGACACGAAAUGAACUGCAAUUUUUUUAUGAGGAGCAAUUGCAUCGAAUGGAGUGCAUGGCUCAAGAACCUGUGCUUUUUGAGGAUAUAUUGUGCCAGAUUAUUGACAUGAUUGGACCUGAGAUGUGAUAGGGAUUCUCACCGGCCAUAGCGGCGAGCAGAAAUUCGAAAAAAAUAUCAAGUACAAAAGAGGAUUACCUUAGAGAUUGGACAAGAAGGGUAAUAAGUAGUAUUUUUAACAAAAACGCAAAAUCUAUUGAAAUUUAGAAUCCAUGUCCCAAUUAUUGUGAUAAUAAUUUUAAUCAUAAAUCUGAUGAAAACAGAGUUAGGGUUGAGUCUGCAUUUUUUGGACACUACGCCCAGGAGCUACUCUCUACUUUAUCUUCACGUGAUCUGACCAACACUUUUUAUUCCUUCUUCAUAAAUCAAUCAUAAGUAUUCUGUCUUAAACUUUUGUUACUAGCUGCAAAAACGUCU